AUGCAGGAAAGUAAUUUCUUCUUGUCGGCUCUGCAGCCGGAGAAUGGCGUGUGCUCCUUGGCGCUGCCCUCGGACCAGCAGCUGGACAGGAAGGCCCGGGAGACGCAGGACAGCGAGCUGCUCAAGAGUGCGCGGGUGCAGGAGCAAGUCCGCAUGAGGAUGCUGCAGAGGAGCUUCUCGGGGCCCAAGGGCAACGCAGGAGCAAUGCUGGACUGCGCUGAGCUGAAAGGUGGAAACCCCUCCAAUGGCCAUUACAGCACCUUGCAGCCUUCAUUCAGCUCAAGAUCCCAAACAAAUGGCACGGACCACACAAGCACUCUUUACCAACCCAUGGUGAAGAAAGGUUACAACACCAUGAAGUCUACAAGCUGGUCUUCCCACUCAGCAGUGGACCUCAGAUCCAACAAUAGAGUGGCCACCAUCAGCAAUGGCGUUGGGCCAACAGGUCUGGCAUACGGUGCAAAUUACGCCUUUUCUCAAGCUGCUAAUUCUGCUCCCCGCCCCAGGUCAUUUCAUGAGCGGACCUACCGGCCACGCCAGAACUAUGACACCAUGUCCCUGCAUUCCUUGCGCCUGGCAGAUGGACCAGGCAGCCCUAGAGGUGCGGAUGACCACUACAGUAUUGUAUCUGAGCAGCUGGACCCACUGGCCCAGGCAGGUGUCUACAGAAAUCGAGGCAGUGGCUUCAACAGAUCUUACAGCUUGGAAAGGCAGAUGAGUGCUGGCUCUAAUGUGUUCCCCAAAGGCCCCGUUGACUGGAUGGAUGGUGUGGAGGCACCUCAAAGCAGGACUGUCAUCCGUGCCCCAGCCAUGCGCACCCUGCAGCGCUUCCAGAGCAACAAUCGCUCUCGCUUCAGUGCAGGCUCCUUCAGUGGCAUGCAGACGUCUCAGGCAGGUGUUGGAAACACCUAUGCAGGAAUGGAGCGCAGUUCCCAUGCCCCCUCUGUGCGUAGCUUGGUCGAAUCCAACCAUCGUUUGCAAGACCUGCGGGCCAUUGACAUGUAUGAUGGUCACAAUACGCUGAUGAGUCAGCAGUCCUUCUCCGGCGGGUUCGAUGACAUUGACCUUCCUUCUGCGGUGAAAUACCUGAUGGCUGCUGACCCCAACCUCCAGGUGCUUGGAGCUGCCUACAUCCAGCACAAGUGCUACAGUGACAGUGAUGCCAAGAGACAGGCCCGCAGUCUCCAGGCUGUGCCCAAGCUAGUGAAGCUCUUCAACAACCCCAACCAAGAGGUGCAACGCCAUGCCACUGGCGCCAUGCGCAACCUCAUCUAUGACAAUGCUGACAACAAGCUGGCCCUGGUGGAAGAAAACGGAAUCUAUGAGCUGUUGCGCACGUUGCGUGAGCAAGAUGAUGAACUGCGCAAGAACGUGACAGGGAUUUUCUGGAAUCUGUCUUCCAGUGAUAACCUCAAGGACCGCCUGGCCCGUGACACUUUGGAGCAGCUCACAGACCUGGUUUUGACCCCUCUAUCUGGCUCAGGCAGUGCGGCUGUUAUCCAGCAAAAUGCCUCUGAGGCAGAAAUCUUCUACAAUGCGACUGGCUUCCUCAGGAAUCUCAGCUCUGCCAGCCAGCAAACACGGCAGAAGAUGCGAGAGUGCCAUGGGCUGGUGGACUCCAUGGUCAAUUAUAUUAACAGCUCAUUAGAAAUUGGGAAGUCAGAGGACAAGAGUGUAGAGAAUGCGGUCUGUGUGCUGCGCAACCUCUCCUACCGUCUCUAUGAUGAGAUGCCUCCUUCUGCGCUCCAGCGCCUGGAAGGCCAGAAGAGGAGUGAUGGGGCAACGAUGACAGGCGAGCUGGUGGGCUGCUUCAGCCCCCAAAGCAGGAGGGCCCGAGAGCUCCACAUGAACUCAGAUAUUGUGACUUUCACAGAGGUCUCUAAGGAUCCCAGGGGAAUGGAAUGGCUCUGGAACCCUCAGAUCAUUGGAGUCUACAACAGGCUGCUACAGCGAUGUGAGCUAAACAAGCACACCACAGAGGCAGCUGCCGGGGCUCUUCAGAACAUCACGGCAGGAGACCGGAGGUGGGCUGGUGUCCUUAGCAGAGUGGCUUUGGAGCAAGAGAGGAUCCUGAACUCGGUACUGGACAGAGUCCGCACAGCUGACCACCACCAGCUGCGCUCGCUGACAGGAGUGAUCCGCAACCUGUCCCGGAACGCACGCAACAAGGAUGAGAUGUCAACCAAGGUGGUGAGCCAUUUGAUUGAGAAGCUUCCUGGAAGUUCUGCAGACAAGUGGCCCCCAGCAGACGUGGUAGUCAACAUUAUUGCGGUGCUGAACAAUUUGGUUGUGGAAAGUUCCAUCGCUGCCCGGGACAUCGUCUACUUUGAUGGCCUACGCAAGCUCUUCUACAUCAAGAAGAAAAGGGACAGCACAGAGAGUGAGAAGUCCUCCAGAGCUGCUUCCAGCCUCCUGAGCAACAUGUGGCAGUACAGCAGGCUUCAUCGGGAUUAUAAGACGAAGGGCUAUCGGAAAGAGGAUUUUGUUGGCAUGUAAAGGAACGGGCAUGCAGAAAAUGGACUGUCCAGCUGUACCUUUGCUCCAUGAA